UCUGGUUCGAUUGCAGGAUUCGCCUUACGUCAACAGGUUGAAUAGUGAAAGGAGUUGGACUUAGUGCGCUUAGUUAUAUGGAAAUGUGGCUCAUCUAAACUUAUUAAACUUAAGAAUAUUUAGAGGAUCAGAAUAUGGAGCUCAUUUGGGCAUUGAUCAUUUCCAGUUUAGUUCUUGUUCAUUCAUCUAAACUGCCUGAUUACAUCGAAGUAUGUAAACGAUCAGAUCCAGACCUUCAAGCAUGUAUCAAAAAGUCAAUAGAAGAUUUGCGUCCGAAGUUAAUUGAAGGUAUGCCAGAAAUGAAAGUGCCUCCUAUUGAACCACUGAUCAUCGAUGAACCUAUUUCCACCGAAGGAACUGGUUUGAAUGUAGUGACAAAAAAUCUUAAAGCUUGGGGAGGAAGUAAUUACACUCUCAAAAAUUUAGAUGUUGAUCCACUUGCCCCAAAGUUUAAUUUUCAUUUAAAUAUUCCGCACUUAAAAAUAGAAGGAAUGUUUGAAGUUGAUGGGAAAGUUAUAAUGAUACCUGUAAAAGGCAAUGGAGAAAUCACUGCUGAUGUUUAUGACGUAGAUUCUGAAGUAUCUAUGAAAAGUGAGCUAGUUAACAAGGAUGGUGAUCAGUUUCUCAGCUUUUUUGGCCUUGACCUGCAUCACUUGAAAAUUGGAAAAGGGAAGAUACACAUUGGCAGUAUGUUCGGACGAGAAGAUAAACUCAUUGGUGAUGUAAUAAGUUCAGCUAUUAAUCUGAAUUUUAAUUACUUUGUACAAGAGCUUAAGCCAACCAUUGUGUCAACCUUAACUCAGUUUGCUGUUAAAUCUGCUAAUAACAUUGUAAGAGAUGUUCCAUUAAGUGAGAUAUUUCCUGAAUAAUGGAGUUAAAAAUUUGAGUGAAAUUGAUAGCGAUACACUACACACUUGUAAAUUGUACAUUAUUUUAGUUUAGCAUUGGUUUAAAAAUGAUAGACUGGAUGCCAGAAACUGUUUCAAAGAAUUAUUUUUCAGUUAAAAAGAAAAAAAAAAUCUCUCUUUAAUCAAAAUAGUGUCAAAUAAAUAUUUUCCUAACAA